AUGGCUGUAUCACCAACAAUCGUGCUCCCAGGCGAUGAAAUCCCAAAAAGCGCUUUGCCUCAGGGUACAGGCAAGAAAAAGACAUUGACAAUUGGACCCGGUCUACGCCAUAUACCUCCAGACACCGUCACAGCCACUAUUGCAGGCGCCCUGGUCACCGACAACAGGAAGAAUGCAGCCUCGAUCGAAUUCAACAGCGGAAGAUACCUCCCCUACACAGGCGACCUCGUCAUAGCCACCGUUUCCAGCUCCGCCGCCGAAACCUUCAACUGCCUCCUCACUCCCUCCACCCCGCCCGCCACUCUCCCCCACCUCGCCUUCGAAGGCGCGACAAAGAAAACGCGCCCCCAGCUCCCCCCAAACUCGCUUGUGUACUGCCGCGUCGCAAGCGCAGGCAAAGACCUGCCCCCCGAACUCACCUGCGUGGACCCUUCUACCGGUAAAAGCGAAGGGCUUGGCUUGUUGAAGGGUGGUAUGGUGUUCAAGGUGAGCUUGGGAAUGGCGAGGCGCAUGCUUGCUGCGCGUGGUGGGAUUACGCUGCUGGAGACGCUGGGUGCGAAGAUUGGGUUCGAGGUCACGGUAGGAAGGAAUGGGUUGGUGCAUGUGGAUGCGGGGAGUGUGAGGGUGACGCUGGCGAUUGGCAAGGCGAUACAGGAGGUUGAUGAGAAGGCGUUGGGAGAGGAGGGACAGAAGAAGCUAGCGGGUGCGACGCUGAAGCUUUGUUCGUAA